CAAUGUACAGAUACCUUUCUAAUGAAAUUGGAUUUAAAACAACAACAACAACCUUAAUAAGUUCUUUAAAGAUUGUUGUAAGGGAUUUAACUGACAUUCCAACAAUAUCUGUUUCCAAACUAAAUCAAGAUGAAGUCAGUCAUGCUAUUGAUGUUCAUCAAUUAACUUGGUCAUAGAACAUUGAUACUUCUAAAUUAAUUAGAGAAUACAAAUUUAAUAGCUUCAAAGAAACUUUCGUCUUUAUGGGUUCUGUUUCAUAAAUAGCCGAUUAAAUGAAACGUAUAUCAUUUUAUUAAUAUUUUAGAUUUUCCAAAAUGGACUCAAAAAGGAAGUGUAUUAAAAGUAGAAAUGACAACUCCAGAUUGUUAAGGAAUAACAAUUAAAGAUUUAUUUUUGGCUUACACUAUGGAUAAGAUAGCUAACAACAUUUAAAGCUAACCAGUUGAAAAUGUUUGUGACAUUAUCAAAAUCCAAUCAAAUCAUUUACUUAAUACAUGGAAUUCUAACUAUAAUAGAUAAGAAGAAGUUAAAACAUAGGAAUUCUAAAAAAACAUCCUAUAACUUUGAUA